GUCGCUGGGGAGGUAUCUGGAAGGCGCCCAGAGUUUUUACGUUCACAGCUGACAACAACAAACAAACGGAUAUUGAGCUGGUCAAGAAGUUUGACAAUUGGGAAUAUUCAGACUAUGGGAUUGAACAAAGAAUGCCGUGGAUUUCUGAUGCCAAGUUAACUACAUCCCAGGAUGCUCAGCGACAUUGGUGGGGGACAAUAACAGCGGGCGAUAUGGAAUACCACCCCGCUCCAUGGAUAAUCGGUCACCUGCAGGAGCGUCGGCCAUCAUAUAUCUGGUACUGGAUGAGAGAGGGACCUCAUGAAACUCCUAGCUCAUGUAAAGAAGUAUACUUCAGAGGGCUCCUGACAAACCCCGUGUCAAAUGGAGUUUUCGCGAUCAAACCUCCUGGACAGCAUGAAGUUAAAACGUAUUGCGACUUUACGACUGAGGGAGGGCCCUGGACGCUACUCGUGACGAGUAAGACCCACAGCGGGUGGGACAAAGACAGUAUCAAAGAAAGAAACUCAAACAAGCCUUCUUUACAAGAUGACUAUUCCAUACUGGGGCUUGCAGACGCCAUAAAGGACUUUGACAAAGCUCAGGAAUUCUUUCAAUACCGAAUUGAGGCAGACGGCAACAACCGCUGGGGAGGGAUCUGGGAAGCACCACGUGACUAUACAUUCCUAUCCACGAGCGACAAACAAACCAAAGUAAAAAUCGUGAAGAAAUUCGACUCGUGGGAUGAGAACAGCAACUUGGGAAAGCGCAUGCCCAGACUGGGAUUAUCUAAAGAUCUUUUAUUAAGCAGUGCAUCAACUGUGAAUGACUCGUCAGGGUCUCUGGCAUAUAACAGUGGCGCUAGCUCUGCCUCGUAUCUGGAGCCAGAGAAGCCAAAACCGAAUGUUGUUCGAUACUGGAUGAGAGAGGGUGCUAGGCUAUCUUGUAACGAUUUGAAAUUACAUGGAGUGAGAGCUGGUAUCAAGUAUGACGAUAGUUUUCAACUGGUAAAAACCAGUGACACCCAGUACCUCCCGGUCUACUGUGAUAUGACAACAGCAAAAGGAGCUUUCACUCUUAUUGUGACGAGUGCUAACAAUAACUGGACUCGAGCACAGGUCCCUCACAGAAAUGUCCUUCAUCCAGGACUGAAUCGAGACUACUCCAUCCUAGACUUAGCAGACAGUAUUAAAAGCCUGAACAACAAUGGCACAUUCCAGUACAUGUUGGAUGCUCAUUCUAGACGCCACUGGGGAGGGAUUUUUGAAGCUCCUACGUCUUACAGCUUCAUGGCAUCGGAUAAUUCGCAAACCAACGUCGAAUUAACGACGAAAUUUGACGAUUGGAAGUUUUCCUGGUGGAAGUCGUUAAACAAGAGAAUGCCGUGGUUUGACGCCAAAGGAACUGAGAAAAAGGCUCUGCUGACCACAUCCAGCAGCACGACCUACUACCCGUCGGGUUCGAUCAUUUGGGGAGGCUCGGACCGGUAUCCGUCCGAUUGGAUUGGGUAUGGGGGAAUGCAAAAUCCAGGAGUGAUCUGGUACUGGUUAAAUGAGGAUGAUUGUGACGAGGAGAGAAAACCAGUGGAUGGCGGACUAACCGAGUGGGGUGAAUGGGGAAACUGUGACAAAUUGUGCGCGCCUGGUAAGCAGCGAAGGUACAGAACAUGCACAAACCCCAAACGACGUUGUGGUGGAAAACUGUGUGAUCCAAGCAUUCAGAAAAUGCAUGAAAGAGACUGCAUGUCUUGCCCUGAGAGCGGAAUACGAAGUUACGGUGACUUCUGUGUGGCCCCAAAUAAAGGAGGUUGUUCCCCUCCUGACGGCAGUUAUCUCAUCUUUACCAAAAAGGAAGGCACGGUUUGUAAUGCAACCGAUCAGAUUUUUGUUCUCGACCAGGAUGGAGUUAUUUAUCAUAAGUGCAGCAAGAAGGUAGUUUGUCCACAAGACAAUAACCCUACCAAUUGGAAGAAACUUAUGUUAAAGGAUAAAUGCGAUCUGAGCAUUUCAAGGCAUGUCAGGUUGCCGACACACAAUAACCUGAAGAAUUUGAAGAACGAUUUCUGUGUUCAUCCAAACGGUGGAUGGCCUGGGGAGGGAGUGCACUUGUUGUACUGGCCAGGGUGUGGCGAAGAAAGAUUGAAGCUCAACUUCUUUGAACUUGGUGUACCAACUGCCUGAAUUCCAGUGCGGAGAAAUAUUUAUUGGCGUACUUAUAUUAUCAUGCUUAUAUCAUACCAAUAGCCGUGAAAGCUGCGGCAAACUUGAAGAUAGAUA